AUGCAGGCGGCCGCGCCGGCGCCGCGCCACCGCGUGUACACGGCCGUCGAGCCCCGGUGCGAGUGGGCGCGCACGGCCGACGCCGACACCCUCGCCGUCGACGUCUCCGGGUUCAUGAAGGAGGAGCUGAGGGUGCUCUACAACACGAGCCGGAAGCUCAAGGUGGCCGGCGAGCGACCAGUCGGCGACGGCGUCGGAGCGCGAUGGGCGCGGUUCCUCAAGUCGUUCCCGGUGCCGAAGAGCGUCCGCACCGGCGGCAUCAGGGCCGUGAUGGACAAGGAGCAGGCCGUGCUCUACGUCAUCCUGCCCAAGGGGUCACCACCACCACCACCACCAGGACCUCCACCGCCGCCGCCACCCCCGUCAUCCAUGGCCGCGCAGAAGGAGCAACCGCAGCCUGGAGGCGCUCUGCCCCAUGGAGAGCGGAAAGGCGACGGCUCGUCGGGCAGCAGCAGCAGCAAUGGCAGCUUCUGGAGCGCCCAAGAGGACGCGGAGAAGAACAGGGCUGAAGAGAAGAACACGGCACCUCAGGAGACCAGGAUUCAGAUACAGGCGGAGGAGGAGAUUGCCACACCAGAUGCCCCAAGAAACGACGGUGGUGAUGGUGACAAGAGGUGGUGGGAGAAGCUCACGCCUCUGCACGUUGUUGGCUUCAUUGUAAUCGUCCUCGCCGUGGUAGGAAUUGGUGCCCUGUAUGCAACGCUGCUGCUCUGA